AUGCGGCCGUUUCGCUGGCAGGUGGCUGUGGUGGCGGCUGCUGGCCUCGCGCUGGCCUUGGAGACGCUGCCCGCCAUGUUGCGCUGGCUGUGGGUCAGGCGGCGGCGACCGCGGCGCGAGGUGCUGUUUUUCCCAUCGCAAGUGACCUGCACAGAAGCCUUGCUGCGGUCCCCGGGUGCCGCACCCUCGGGCUGCCCGUGUAGCCUGCCCCACGGCGAGAGCUCACUGAGCCGGCUGCUGAGCGCCCUGCUGGCCGCCCGCGCCACUCUGGAGCUCUGCCUGUUCGCCUUCUCCAGCCCGCAGCUGGGCCGCGCCGUGCAGCUGCUGCACCAGCGCGGGGUGCGUGUCCGCGUGAUCACAGACUGCGACUACAUGGCUCUCAACGGCUCGCAGAUUGGCCUGCUCCGCAAGGCAGGGAUCCAGGUCCGGCACGACCAAGACCUGGGCUACAUGCACCACAAGUUCGCCAUCGUGGACAGGAAGGUGCUGAUCACUGGCUCCCUCAACUGGACCACGCAGGCCAUUCAGAACAACAGAGAGAACGUGCUCAUCGUGGAGGACGAGGAGUACGUGCGGCUCUUCCUGGAGGAGUUCGAGCGCAUCUGGGACGAGUUCAACCCCACCCGGUUCACCUUCUUCCCUCACAAGGAGAGGGCUCGCUGA